AACAUACCGUACAUACCGCACGAUACUACCACCACCACCACCACAGACCAAGGCUGCUCCGCUCUCGUCCCAGGGGCCACCAAACUUGCAUCCGCCAUUGCAUCCAUGAGAAGGAGGAUCGUCCAAUCAGCUCUCCCGACUCUCCUGUUUUCGUUCCGAGCUUCGUUGACCGUCCAUUCCUUCGGUCGUCUCCCCUUGUUUUCAACGCAUCCACACGGCCGGCACUCGCAGAGCAGGCACAUUUUUCCCAGCCGUCCCCCGAUCCGAUCGACCACGGUCGCCAUGUCCACCACUACGAGUACCAGCACCGCGGGCGAAGGCAACAGCAACGCCAACGACAACAAGCCGAUCCUGGUGGUCGGCAGCGCCAACCAGGACCUGACCAGCACCACCGAUGUCUUUCCGGCCCUCGGGGAGACGGUGAUGGGGAAGAACUUUGCGACCGCCUGCGGCGGCAAGGGCGCGAACCAGGCGGUCGCGGCGGCGUCUCUGGGCAUGGCACCCGUGGCGAUGCUCUGCCGGGUAGGCGACGAUCUCUUUGGGCGGAACCUGCUGGACAACUUCCGGGAGGCCGGGGUGGAGGUUUUCGGGGGAAAAGCCACCGUGCUCCAAGGGAUUCCCUCCGGGGUGGCGAGCAUCCUGGUGGACGAAGCGUCGGGGGACAACUCGAUCGUCGUCUCGCCCGGGGCCAACUCCGAGCUGACGAAGGAGGACGUCCGGGCCGCCGUGGCGGGGAUCGUGCCGUCCCAGGUGCUGGUCCAGCUGGAAAUCCCCCCGCCGGUGGCCUUCGAGGCCCUCCGGGCGGGGAAGGAGGCCGGGGCAACGACCAUUCUGAACACGGCCCCCGCUCCCGAGGGCUGGAGCCUGGAAGACCCGGAGAUGCCCUUCCUGGAGCACACCGACCUCCUGGUCCUGAACGAAUCCGAGCUCCGAAAGGUCGCGGGGGCCGGCGACAGCGACAACGACAGCGACGAAGAACGCCUGGCGAAAUCCCUCCUCGCCAGGGGCGUGGGAACCGCGGUGAUCGUUACCCUCGGCAGCCGGGGCGCCAUGGUGGUCGAGAAGACCGGCGGCGACGGAGCCAUAAGGACCGCCUCGGUCGACGCCCCCGGGGACCUCCCGGCGCGGGAGCUCCCCGUGAGGAGCACCGUGGGUGCGGGCGACGCCUUUUGCGGGGCGCUGGCCGCCUACCGCUCCGCCGGCCUGUCGCUCUCCGAGGCCGCGGGGUACGCCUGCGGGGUGGCCAGCACGACCGUCCGGAAGGACGGGGCCCAGCCGUCCUACCCGCGGUACGACGAGCUGCCGGAGUGCCUCCGGCUCGGCGGGGACCACCGCCCCCCCAAGCGCCCCCGGGCCUCCAGCGCAAGGCCGGUCAUCACAUUUGUCACGGGAAACAAGAAAAAGCUCGAGGAAGCCAAGCAAAUCCUCUCGACCGCCGGUGGUUCCGCCCCCUUUGAGCUCACCAACCAAAAGAUCGACCUUCCGGAACUCCAGGGCGAUCGCUUCGAGAUUGCCAGAGAAAAAUGCCGCCUGGCCGCCAAGCAGGUCAACGGCGCCGUGUUCACGGAGGACACCUCCCUGAGCUUCAACGCCCUCAACGGGCUACCCGGGUACGAAAGGAUGCCGCAAACCCUCGCGUUUGCUUUCUAUAAGGACUAUUUGUGUAAUUGACACAAUGGUUCUUUUUUUCGUGUUUGCACCGGUCCUCACGUUCUUUGUUUUUGCGCACCGACCCGUUUCUUUAUUCUCUGCCCAUCGCAACGCAGUCCCUACAUCAAGUGGUUUCUGGAAGACUGCGGACACGAAGGACUGAACAAGAUGCUGGACGGCUUUGACGACCGAACCGCGUACGCCCAAACCAUCGUGGCCUACACCACCGGCCCCGGAGAGGAAAUCCACAUCUUCGACGGCAGAACCAAUGGUAAGAUCGUGGCCGCGCGCGGCCCCACCGACUUUGGCUGGGAUCCCGUCUUCGAGCCCGACGAGGGGGAGGGCAAGACAUACGCCGAAAUGACGAAGGAAUUCAAGAACAGCAUCAGCCACAGGGGCCGGUCCUUUGAAAAAUUCCGGGCGUUCCUGGCCAGCACCGGAUCCGGCGAUUGAUGCCCGGUUUGAAGACGAUCCCAUCAGAACUCGUUAACUUUCUGUCAGACUACUACUAGCGAAAAUGUUAAACGGCACCAUACCGUACUCUGGGGUGUGAGGCAAUAAAAAACACGCAAAACA